CGAGAUUUUGAGACAUUGCAAAAUCCAAACCAUAUUCAUCAAGCCACACAAGAUGAAGGUUGAGUUUGUAUCCAAACAAAUCAUAAAGCCAUCUUCUCCAACACCCCAAAACCUCGGAAUCUUUAAGUUGUCUUUCAUUGACCAGCUUGCUCCUGUAAUGCACACUCGAAUCUUGUAUUUCUAUCCCAAUAUUCAAAACGAGGCUGCUGAUCGCGAUCACGACAGGUUUGAAAGGCUAAAGACAUCAUUGUCUGAGACCUUGACGCUUUUCUACCAUCUGGCAGGCAGAAUGAAAGACAAUGCCGUAAUUGAAUGUAACGAUGAAGGUGUCGAGUUCUGCGAGGCUCGUGUCCAUGGCGGCUUCCUCUCUGACAUCCUUAAACAACCCGAUGCUGACUCUGUACACCAGUUUGUGCCCAUCGAUGAUGCCCAUUUAGGAAGUGGGUUUUUGGCGAAAGUUCAAGUGAAUUUAUUUGACUGUGGAGGUUUGGCGAUUGGUGUGUCCUUGUCUCACAAGAUUGCUGAUGCUUCAACAAUUGGUUCGUUCAUCAAGGCAUGGUCUUGUGCAGCUGUUGGGUGCAUGACUGAGUCGAUGCUUCCUAAGUAUAUUCUGGGAUCUCUUUACCCUUCGAUGGAUUUUCCAAUUGUUCUACCUGCUGUUGAGUUCAGACACUUCAAUUGCAUUACAAGAAGGUUCGUGUUUGAUUCCUCAAAGAUAACAAAACUGAAGGCUACAGCUGCAAGCAAAAUGGUGGAGAAUCCAACACGAGUGGAGGCAGUACUAGCACUAAUUUGGAAGUGUGUCACAAUAGCUUCAAGAACAAACCUAGGAAUAACCAAAAGACCCUCUAUGGUAUCCCAGUUUGUAAACAUUCGUAAAAGGACAAGCCCACCUCUACCUGAGACCUGUGUUGGAAAUUUCUUAGGUCACUUUAUGGCAGAAGAACCAGGAGAGUCUAAUAAUGACGACAGUGAAAUGAACUUACAAGGGUUAGUGAUUCAUCUAAGGAAAGGUCUAGAACAGUUCACAAAGGAGCAUGUCCAGAAACUUCAAGAAGGAAACAAUGCUUUCAUGACAGUGUGCGAGGGAUUGAAGGACCUGGAAUUGGUGUACAAAGAGGGUAUAGAUUUCUAUGGUUGUACAAGUUGGUGUCGUUUUGCAUUUUAUGAAGCAGAUUUUGGGUGGGGAAAACCUAAGUGGGUAAGUAUUCCUUCUUUGAAGAUAAAGAAUUCUAUUAUUCUGACCGAUAUGAGUGAUGGAAAAGGAAUAGAAGCAUGGGUGACUUUGAGCGAACAAGAUAUGGCCUUGAUGGAGACAAACCUUGAACUGCUUGAAUUUGCUUCCUUGAAUCCAUCAAUCAUAUAAAAUAAAAAGCUAAACUAUAUUAAGGUGGAAUUCGUCCUUUUCUCUUGUUAUGUCAUUGUUUUGUGAUCUCUGUAUCGAAAUUUCGGUUUUAGAAGUUUUAUUGGCGGCCGCUGUGUAAAAUUCAUAUUUUCUCAUGUUGAUGAAAA